AUGGCUUCUCGCCGUGAUCCCCGUGCCUUUGGCACUGCAUCUUCCUCUCCAGGUGGUAUUCCCUUUGACUCUGUCCAGACUACCCCGGAUACUCAGCUUACGGCGUUCUCGCGUGAGUCUGCUUAUGGCGUUCCUGGCCUCGGAGGCUUCAUGCCCAUGGUCACCCCUCAGCAGGAUGUCUUCGCUGGGCCAUCUUACUUCCCCCAAGCUCAUGUAGAGAACCGUGGAGCUUCUCACUUCGAUCAGGAUCCCUUUGUCGACUCCAACCCUGGCCUUUCUGCCGCCGCGACUUCUUUCCAGCCGGGUGCUACUUACUCCAAGGGCAAGGCUGUCGCUACUCUGCUCCCUGAGGGUAGCCCUACCGUCUCCAGUGCUUUGAGCCAUGACAUGGAGAUCGCUCACCGUCUUGAAGUCUGUGAUACACCUAUUCCCUCGGUUCAGGAUGUCGGUGACUUCCUCACUGAACUAUCUCGCAAGGGUCAAGAGCUCUUUGGUAGCCGUAACCUGGAGAACUCUGAUGGCCACAUCUAUGUGUGCUUCGAAGAUCUCCGGGAUGCUAUUUGGGCUUUCGGUGCAAUCCGACAGGCCAAGAAAGGAUGGCUCCCUUCCUACGUGAAGAUCAACAAGGAAAGACUGGAUAUGGGGAUUGUCCGAUUCUCCGAGCUUAGACAGCUCGACGUUGAAGUUUCUAUUACCAACUUCUCAAUCAUUGACCCUGGACACGUCGACGAGAUCGUUCAGCAAACCUUGAACCGCUAUGGCAAGCUUUUCGCCCUGGUGCGCGUUGUCAGCCUUCCCGAUGGCUCCUUUCGCGGUGUUGCGCAGUAUUGCAAAGCUGCUGAUGCCCACUAUGCCUUUCAAUCCUUCAACAGCUUCACCACUAGCAACGUGAGCAUCACUCUGAAGCAGCCCCAGGACGCCGGAGCUGUUGUCGGUCUCAACAAUCUCGUUGGUGGUCUGCAGGGACUCUCUGUCCAGGCCGCUGGUAACCGAUACCAGCAGACGGCUCUUUUCACCAACCCUCCCUACAAUGGUAGCAUGUUUGCUAACGGACGUGCCCCUCAGGGCAACCCCUUUGCUGCACCUGGUGCUUACCAGUUUCCGCCCAGUGCACUUCUUCAACAAUUUGUACCACCCUCGCCAGCUUUGACUGCUCAGAACAGUCUCAUGCACUCGCGUGGAUCCAGCCUCUCCUUUGGAGGAAUGGGUGGGUUUGGCCCCUUUAAUCCUCGCCGCAACCAAAUCUCUCGCUUCGGUCGUAACGGUCCCAACCGUGGGCUCAACAAUGUUGUUGACCUCAACGAGCUCAUUGCCGGACGUGAUGUGCGCACCACUAUCAUGCUGCGAAACAUUCCCAACAAGGUGGACCAGCCCCUCCUCAAACGCAUUGUGGACGCCUCUUCCUUCGGCAAGUACGAUUUCAUGUACCUUCGCAUCGACUUUGCCAACGAUUGCAACGUCGGCUAUGCCUUCAUCAACUUUGUCAAGGCCGAGUACAUCAUCGAUUUCGUCCAGGCACGCGCCAACAAGCGCUGGAACUGCUUCAAGUCUGACAAGGUCGCUGAGGUCUCCUAUGCCACUAUCCAAGGAAAGGACUGCCUAGUCCAGAAGUUUCGAAAUUCAUCUGUCAUGCUUGAGGCGGAACAUUACCGUCCCAAACUUUUUUUCACUGUUCAUUGCGAGGACAGUGAUCUCGUUGGUCAAGAGGAGCCGUUCCCAGGCCCUGAUAACCAGUCGAAGAUGAAGCGAUCGGUUGAAAACGCGGAGCAUGUCGGCCUCUUCACCCCUACCGCGGGUCAGCAAUUCCGCGACGAGCAGCGACGCCGCCACUCGCAGUACGAUCGUGGAACCCGCCUUGCGGCCCUGGAGGAGUUCUCCUACGAGACCUCCCUCGGUCCCUACUACGGUCGUUACUACCGCCAGUAA